AGGAAGAAAAAGAAAAAGAAAAGCGAAAAUCUAGUGGGAGUGGGAGUGAAAUAUAUAAUUGAAAUUGAAAUUGAAAUUGAAGAGAAGAGAAGAGAAAGAGGAUGGAAGGAAUGGCACAGCACCCGGUACCUCGAACUGUUGAAGAAGUUUUUAGCGAUUACAAAGGCAGACGCGCCGGUUUGAUCAAAGCUCUCACUACUGACGUUGAAAAGUUUUACCAGCUCUGCGAUCCCGAAAAGGAGAAUUUGUGCCUCUAUGGGUUUCCAAAUGAAACAUGGGAAGUGAACUUGCCUGUCGAGGAAGUGCCUCCUGAACUUCCCGAGCCAGCAUUGGGUAUAAACUUUGCUCGGGAUGGAAUGCAGGAGAAGGACUGGUUAUCACUGGUUGCAGUUCACAGUGACUCAUGGCUGCUCGCUGUUGCUUUCUAUUUUGGUGCCCGCUUUGGAUUUGGUAAGAAUGAUAGGAAAAGGCUUUUUCAGAUGAUAAAUGAUCUGCCAACUGUCUUUGAGCUUGCAACAGGAACUGCUAAGCAAUCAAAGGAUCAACUGACUGCUCACAACAAUGGUAGCAAUAGCAAGUACAAAUCAAGUGGAAAGUCCCGCCAGUCUGAAUCUCAGACCAAGGGUGUGAAGAUGUCUGCACCAGUCAAAGAAGAGGUUGACAGUGGAGAAGAAGAGGAAGAUGAUGAUGAACAAGGUGCAACCUGUGGUGCUUGUGGUGAUAAUUAUGGCACCGAUGAAUUCUGGAUCUGUUGUGAUAUGUGCGAGAAAUGGUUCCAUGGUAAAUGUGUUAAAAUUACUCCUGCCAAGGCUGAACACAUCAAGCAAUACAAGUGCCCUGGCUGCAGUAUCAAGAAGCCAAGAAUUGGAUAGCUCUGAACGUUUGGACCAUUAGCGGGCAAGAUUAGAAUGUUUGAUAGCAUUUUUAUAAGUGAAACCCUUGUUACCUGUUCUAGUCAAUGCACUUUAGUGACUAUGCAGACAGAAUUUCAAGUUUUGUGACUCCAUUCCUACUGUCUACUAUUUAUGGGAAUUUGCGUUUUUAAGUAGUCAUUGGCAACAAAAAUAUUAUAUAAAUAUAUUUUGCAGUUUCUGGUUUUAA